AUGUGCCAUGUCGAUUUCGCAACAUCCGCCGCUCGCCCUGCCUCUUCGGGACUCGGCGGAGGCGCGCUUUCCAGCAGAUGCUUCAGGGUCCAAUUUGGACGCGCUGCUGCUGCCCGGAUUUCGGAAGGUCCGUCCGCAGCCGCACCCGCGAGCUUAAACGCUUUCAAAAAGUCACGGCGCCAGAGUCACAGUGUGCUGAGUCGCCAGCCGCAAGCGUGUGAAGUAGGACUUCGGCCCGCCCGAGAGCAACACUCGGCAUCCCCACCAUCGGCUGCGCUUGGCGACGACCUUCUCCCACGCCACCCGACGCUCAAGACGCUCACGACGCUCACGAUGGCCGACUUGACCGCCUAUUUGGUGCUCGCCGUGGCUCUGGUGCCGCCACUCUUUCGACAAUCACAGCGCCUGUUUGGUUCGGCACGAUCCGCAACUCACGCACCGCCUCCUUCUCCAUCAUCCUCAAGGUCUGCCUCGAAAGCGCGAUUGGCUCCCUUCGCUACGCCCUUCUCCACCACCGUCACGAUCGCAACACUCGCCUUGGUGCUCGUAUCGCUCGCCAACCUCGUCCCGGUCCAAUACGGCGUAGACAUCUUCAUCCCAGUCCAGGCCGUCCACAACCUGCGCAGGUCCAUCUACACCCUCUACACCGCACCCAGCGUGUAUCGAGCGAGCAGCCAUGACGACGUCGACCGCCCGCCCUUCCACAUCCAGGCGCUCAGGGGCGGAUACACGCCCGACCUCUUCCUCGCCUACAGCGCGCCCAUCACCAUCCCCACCACCACCCUCCGCAGCCUCAUAGACGCAGCGCCUUCGCUCCUCCCGAUCGGAUUCCACACCCUGCCCAAGCAGCAAGAACUUCAGGCGCUCAUCGCUCGCCUAUCCAGCUACGAGGCAAGGCGCAUCUACCUCCUCCUCGGUCCCAAGCCUCUGCUCGACUGCACCUUUUGCACAAAGGCAAACGACUUCUUCUGGUACGCCCUCCCCUUCCUCCUGGCCGCCUACGCCUGGCGCAUCUUGGCUCUCGGGCUCAUCACAGCUCAUCCGGACGACUCGAUCGCCGUCGCUAUUCGCCAAGCAGCCGGCCUCUUCUCGCGCAAUCCUCGCGCGCCGCCCUCCUCCAAAUCCGACGACGCGGACCGCAGCAAGUGGCGCACUCCCGCCGUCACGCUCCUCGUCGCUCUCAUGGCGAUCGAGAUCCUCAUCAUGUUCGAGCUCGGUCAAGUCACUCCCGGAUCGGCGCGCCUCAACCACUGGCAUUCCAACUUGCAUCUCGUGCGCCAAGUUGCCUUUCUCGCCAUCGUCGUCGUCAUCUAUCUCUUUCCAUCGCCACGCGUGCCCGACACCUUCCACCAGACCAUGCAGCACAUGGAUGCCACACAGCAAAACCUCCAGAGCAUCCUCCACCUCACCGAGAUCACCGACGCAACAAGAGCCGUCGUUCUCGAUGAUCGUGAUCUACUCCGGCGCGCAACGACGGAGCGCAAACAUUCCACCACCGACUCUGCAGCUCAACUCCUCCGCGCAGUACAGACACAAGGCGGCGACGCAGCAUCAGACACCCUGGCACAGGCUCAAAACGGCAUCCGCUCAGUCACACUUCAAUGGUGGCGCACCGCCGAACAACUCAACCGUCAACUCGACCGUGGUUCGCCUUCCGCAUCGUCAUCAGCUUCCGCGCCACCGCAUUCCGCUGCUGCCUCGGACCCUUCAACCAAUCCGUUGGCCCACGGCACCUUUCCAUAG